ACGUACUUCACACCCCAGAAAAGCGGAAGUAUUAUGGCAUCUUGUAACGUGAUGGAGAUAUGAGACUAGGAUAUGUUGUUCAUUCUGAUACCGUGUGACUAGCGCCCUAUGGAUUUCAUUCAGUAGAGUGUCGGCUCAACGAAAGUUUCCCGAUGGGGUUCGGCAGUGACCUCCAGGGGAGGGUGUCCCAUGAGGGUUUGCUUGGGAUCCAGGAUGCCGAGAUUCGCCUGCUGGAGAACUUCAGGAAGUGCCUCAUCUCGCGGUACGAAGCUGACCGGCAGUACGCCUCGUCACUCAACAAGUUCCUGCUGCAGGCGCAGAAGCUGGAUCUCCGCGAAAUGCUCGACUUCUCCGCAUAUUACGAGGCAAUAAACACUAUAGUGAAGGAGACGGAGAAUGUGGUGCUGCGGCUACGGCAGAACGCAGACACUCUGUCCACACGCACCCUCGACACUCUCAACUCUGUCAUCAGUGAGAAGAAGGCUGUACGCAAACAGUACCUGGAGGAGAGGAACAGACUCGACUCUGACUUCAAUAAGAUGCAGGAGAACGUGCAGGGAAACAAGUCCGAAUACAUCCGCAUGUCCGAGAAGUUGAAGCAGGAGCGAGCCAAGUACAUGGACAUACAGACGAAAGGUAAGAUCGGCAGCAAGUUGGAGGACGCCCGGGCUCGGUACCACAAGACCACAGUGAAGCUGCACAAGCUGCAUAAUGACUACGUCGUGUCACUGAAGGACGCCACAGAGUUCCAGACCGGGUACCUCGGCACCACCCUCCCAGCCUUCCUGGACUCCCACCAGGCCGUGCAGGAGACUCUUCUCCAUCAGAGUAAGUUCAUCCUUGAGGACUUUGUGAAGCUGACAAACCUGUCCAGCGAAGAAUACCUGGCCAUGCACCGCACGAUGGAGGAUACCGUCAACAAGAUCGAACCGACCACGGAGUACACGCCAGGCUUUAUCACCAAGUACAAGAGUGAGAAGUUGUUGGCGGUGACGUUUGACUUUGAUGACAAGCUGCUGGAUGACUACAAGGGUGUCCUGAAACCUAGCAAUCUGCAGCUGGACGACGCCACCUGUGAAUCUCUACAGCACAAGAAGUCGGAGUAUGGGGAUCAGUUGGCAGCCUCACAGUCGACAAUGGACCAGAAGACGUCAUUGCUGCAGGACGUAGCAGCAGAGGUGCAUGGGCUGGAGGACAAGGUGGAGGAGGACCGCACCCUCGACACUAUCACACAGUACGUGGAUAAACGGAAGCAGCAGGAGAUUUUGAAGAAGGAGAUUGCAGAGGAGAAGGUGCGGGUGGAGAGGUUGACGGAGAUGCAGUCGUACAUCGGGCGGGGUCUGGAUGAGCUGGGAGACAACCCCCCUCCAGUGCUCACAGACUUGCAGGAGAACGGAGACCUGGAGACGUGUUCCAACACGUCCACAUCCUCCACUGGGAAGAAGAAGAAGUUCUCCCUUCCCAACAUUCCCGGACUGCGGAAGGCCAACCAGGGCCUCAAGUCUAGCCGGGAUGAUGUCGACAAGUCCAGCCGGGACGACCUCUUGGAGACAGGUCGGGGUGUCCGGGAGAGCUAUGAGCAGACGGAGCCCGGCAGCUUCACUAAUGGCCCCCGGGCCUCCAUGAACGUGAUGAGGGAGGCGGGACUCAUGCAGGACGUGGGGAUCCCACAGCCAAAGUCGCGUCUAGAAGAUGAGGAGUGGUUCCAUGGAGUGCUGCCGCGGGAGGAGGUUCAGAGACUGCUGAAUAAUGACGGAGACUAUCUUGUGCGCGAGAGUAAAAACAAACGAACAAAUGAGACCCAAUAUGUGUUGUCUGUAUACUGGUCUGGAUAUAAACACUUCAUCAUUCAGGGAGAUAACGGGGCGUGGAAGUUUGAGGGCAUGUCGCACCCCACCAUCCCAGAGCUGAUCUUCCAGCAGCACUGCUCUGGCGAGCCAGUCACGACCAAGUCCCAGGCCAUCCUGCAGACGCCCAUCCUCCGCGAAGAGUGGGAGCUCAUGAACGAUGACAUCUCACUCGAGAUGAAGAUUGGAAAUGGCAACUUCGGUGAGGUAUACAAGGGCUUGUACACGCCCAAGAACCUGAUCGUGGCGGUGAAGACGUGCAAGGACACGCUGUCAGAGGAGCAGAGGAAGAAGUUCCUGCAGGAGGGGAGAAUACUGAAGCAGUAUGACCACCCCAACAUCGUCUGCUUCAUUGGCAUCGCAGCCCAGCGCCAGCCGGUCAUGAUCGUCAUGGAGUUUGUGGCAGGUGGGGCUCUGCUGGGGUUCCUACGGAAGCAGGGCAAGUCGCAGAACAAAGGUCAGCUGACGAGGAUGUGCCUCGACUCUGCCAGCGGCAUGGCCUACCUAGAGGCCCGCGGGUGUAUACACAGGGAUCUGGCGGCCCGGAACUGCCUCGUGGGUGACAACAACGUCGUGAAGAUCUCCGACUUCGGGAUGUCUCGGGAGGAGGAGGAGUACACAGUGUCCGAGGGCAUGAAGCAGAUCCCCAUCAAGUGGACGGCGCCAGAGGCACUCAACUACGGUAAAUACACAACAAUCUGUGAUGUGUGGAGCUACGGGAUCCUGAUGUGGGAGAUCUUCUCCGGGGGAACCACACCCUACCCGGGGUGGACCAAUGGACAGUCACGAGAGAAGAUCGAGGAUGGUUACCGAAUGCCGGCGCCGGUGGGGACGCCGUCUGAGGUGUACACGCUGAUGCUGCGGUGCUGGGAGUACCAUCCAGAGCGGAGGCCCAAGUUUGAGGAGAUCUGUAAAGAACUGAAGCGAAUAGGGAAACAUAUUUGACUAUGGGGGUGAUACAAGAGUUAUAUCCUUCUAUGUAGCACUAUGACAAGGUGCAAUACGAGACUCUAGUGUGAAUGUGUAUAA